CGAAAAGACAACGUAGCUUCCCCAUGUCUAUAUAAUAUAUACUGAGACACACACUACUGACUUUAAUUUCCACGCAUCUGCAAGUGCUAGCUAUUUGGUAACAAGUAACAAGCAAAAAUAAAGCGUGGCACAGAAACAUGGCGGUUGUGGGAGGUGUUCGUGGAUGGGGAGACAUGAAGAGUCUCACCGUCCAAGUCAUCACCGGUCGUUGGUUUGUGGUGUUUGCCUCCUUUCUUAUCAUGGCAGCCGCAGGAGCCACCUACAUGUUUGGCCUCUAUUCCAGUGAAAUCAAAACCACCCUUGGUUACGACCAAACCACUCUCAACCUCCUCAGUUUCUUCAAGGACUUUGGCAGCAACGUUGGUGUCCUGGCAGGCCUACUCAACGAGCUCACCCCACCCUGGGUGGUUCUAGCCAUUGGUGCCAUCCUAAACUUCUUUGGCUACUUCAUGAUAUGGCUAUCAGUGACCAAAAGAAUAGCCAAACCCCGAGUGUGGCAGAUGUGUCUCUACAUCUGCAUAGGUGCCAACUCUCAAUCCUUCGCCAACACUGGUUCCCUUGUCACUUGUGUCAAGAACUUCCCAGAAAGUCGUGGGGCUGUGUUAGGCAUCCUCAAAGGCUAUGUGGGUCUUAGUGGUGCAAUCAUCACACAGCUAUACUCUGCUAUUUACUAUGAUGACACUAAGGCUUUGAUUUUGUUCAUAGGUUGGCUCCCGGCUGCUAUUUCCUUUGCUUUUCUUCUAACCAUUCGAUACAUGAAGCCAGUUAGGCAACCUAAUGAACUCAAGGUUUUCUACAAUUUUCUCUAUAUUUCUCUUGGCCUUGCUGGGUUUCUUUUGGUCAUGAUCAUUGUACAGAAAAGGGUCGACUUCACUCAGAGUGAGUUUGGUGUGAGUGCUGCUAUAGUGCUCUUCUUGCUCUUCUUCCCACUUGUUGUUGUUUCCAUGGAAGAAUAUAAGACCUGGCAGAGUAAAAGGCUUGCUUUAGUUGAUCCAUCUCCGGUUAAAAUAAUAACUGAGGCUGAAAUUGUCAAGGCAAAUGAGAAUGGGAAUAAAAAUUCAGUUUCAACAGUUUCCAAUGACAUCAAGUGGUGGCAAAAUGUGUUUAGUCCACCUGAAAGAGGUGAGGACUAUACAAUACUUCAAGCGUUAUUCAGCGUUGACAUGUUUAUACUUUUCAUAACUUGCAUCUGUGGUGUUGGGGGCACGUUGACCGCAAUAGAUAAUCUGGGUCAGAUAGGAACAUCGCUUAGGUACCCCAAGAAAAGUAUAAGCACUUUUGUGUCUCUAGUGAGUAUUUGGAAUUAUCUAGGACGGGUUUUCUCAGGAUUUGUUUCUGAACAUUUUCUACAAAAGUACAAGUUCCCUCGUCCUCUUAUGCUUACUUUAACUCUGCUCUUGUCAUGUAUUGGUCACCUUCUGAUAGCAUUUGAUGUGCCAAGCGGUCUUUAUGCGGCUUCGGUUAUAAUUGGGUUUUGUUUUGGCGCUCAGUGGCCAUUACUUUUUGCCAUUAUAUCCGAGCUUUUUGGACUUAAAUAUUACGCAACCUUGUAUAAUUUUGGAAGUGUAGCAAGUCCCCUAGGGCUAUAUGUGCUUAAUGUGAAAAUGACUGGGCAUUUGUAUGAUGAAGAAGCAAAGAAGCAACUUGCAGCAUUGGGGAUUAAAAGAAAGGAAGGGCAAGAAUUGAAUUGUAUUGGGGUCAAUUGUUUCAAGUUAUCCUUUAUUAUCAUCACUGCUGCAACUUUCUUCGGUGCCAUUGUUUCGCUCAUUUUGGUGGCUAGGACAAGGAAGUUUUACAAAAGUGACAUAUACAAGAGAUUCCGGGAAGCGGCGACGGUGGCAGAAGCUGAAAUGGCGACGGUGGAGAACGAGAGCAAGGCAGAGAAAGAUGCCAACCAUUCUGUGCCAACUCAAACAUAACUACAUAGGAUAAAUCGUAAAAGGAUUGUUGUUGUUUGUAUACGAAGGUGUAAACAAGAAAUUAAUAAAUUAAUAAUGUGGUCAUACAUGUCAUACAAUAUAGUAUAUUAUUCUCUCCCUCGCUCCGAAUCCC